AUGAAAGAUCUGGGGGGAGCAAAGCCUGCAUCCACACCUUUGGAGCAAAAUCAGAAACUUACAAGUGCUGAGUUUGACAGACUUCUAGCAUCAAAGAAUGAUCUGGAACACAACCAGAAAAUUACAGGUGCUGAACUUGACAGGCUUACAAGAUUAGAAAAUGAUGAAAUUUUGAGUGAUAAAAGUGGCUAUCAGAGGUUGAUUGGAAGACUUUUGUAUCUGGCAGUUACAAGACCAGACAUCUCUUUUGCAAUACAAUCAACAAGAAGGUCAGUAACAGGUUACUGUGUGAAGUUGGGUGAAUCAUUGAUAUCAUGGAAGUCUAAAAAACAAUCCACAGUGUCUAGAAGUACUGCUGAAGUAGAGUAUAGAAGCAUGGCAGGGACAGUUGCAGAGUUGGUUUGGAUACAUGGAUUAUUGCAAGAGCUAGGUGUGCACAUCAGACAACCAAUGGAUCUCUUUUGUGAUAAUAAAGCAGCACUCCAGAUUGCAUCAAAUCCAAUAAAUAAAAAUGCUCCCAUUUCACCAACUGCUCUCAAUUUACUUUGCUUGAUUAAUCUUCUCUUACCUUCGAUUCCUUCUUCUCAACUAUCCCCCAUGUUUGAGAUAGCAGAGGCUGAGAGUUUGGAAGAGGAGACGAGGCACUUGGCAUUUGAGUUUUUGAUAACUUUGGUUGAGGCAAAGAAAAGAGCCCCAGGCAUGAUUAAGAGGUUGCUGUUGUUUAUUAGCAGAUUUUUUGCGACGUUGUUGAAGUUAUUACUAGAUAUUGAGGAUGACCCUACUUGGCAUAGUGCCGAGACCGUGUUUGAUCAUACAGGGGCUACAAGUAAUUACGCCGUUGGCAGGUACUGUUUAGAGCGGUUUUCUCUUGCAUUAGGAGGUAAGUCUAUUGCUCAUAUUGCCAUAGAGCAACUGUCUGCUUACUCGGAUGCGCCAGAAUGGGAGAUGCGCCAUGCAACUCUGAUUGCACUUGCUGAGAUUGCUGAAGGCUGCUCAAAGGUGAUGAUUAAGAAUUUGGAGCAGGUGGUGACUAUUGUUCUCAAUUGUUUCCAAGAUCCUCAUCCUCGAGUUAGAUGGGCAGCUUGCUUUGCGAUUUGCCAGUUGUUGAAGGACUUCUCUCCACAUUUGCAAGAAAAAUACAAUAGCCAAGUACUUCUUGCAUUAGCUGCAGCUAUGGAUGAUUUUCAUCCACGAGUGCAGGCAUCUGCCGCAGCAGCUCUCUGCGCCUUCGGUGUGUCCGGCAAGCCAGAAACUUUGAUACCUCAUCUAGAUGGAUUAGUUAACAAACUGCUUGUACUUAUAAAGAAUGGCAAACAAAUUGUCCAAAUAGAAGCAGUACAUGCAAUUGCUUAUACAGCUCAAUCUAUUGAGGAGCACUUCGGAACCUGCUAUGACACUGUCAUGCCACACUUGAAAACUAUCCUGAGAAACGCAGAUCUUCAAUCUAAUCUCAUUGUUCUUUCCGAUGCAAUGCAUUGCAUAAGCAUGGUUGUGAGAGCUGUUGGCAAAAAGAAAUUUAGAGACGACGAAAAGCAGGUUAUGGAAAUGCUUAUGUCAUUACAAGCAAAGGUGGAUGAUCCAACUACUACUAUAAGCAUGCUACAGGCAUGUGCUAGAAUUUGCGAGUGCAUGGGACAGGAUUUUCUUCCUUAUAUGAAUGUAGUCAUGCCCAUCUUACUUCAAUGUGCUCAACUUAAUACCAUCUCUAUGGAGCAGUACAAUGAAAACUAUAAAGUAGAUGCUAAUAGUAAAGAGACACUAGAGAUGAAAGCUAAGGCCUAUGGUCUGCUAUGUUGGUAUGCUUAUCGAUGGAAGGAAGACUUUUACCCAUGGAUAUCCCAGGCCGUUUCAAUCCUUGUUCCGCUUCUGAAUUUCUAUACCCACAAUGAAGUCAGGAAAUCUGCUGUUGAAGCCAUGCCCCUCCUGUUGCGUUCUGCUAAACUGGCUGUUGAGAGAGGGAUUGCUCAAGACAAAAGUGAGUCAUACUUCACGAAGUUGUCAGACCAUAUAAUACUGGCUCUGGUAGAAGCUUUGCAUAAGAUUUGUGGACCACUUCUCAAUGAAGGUCAGGUGCGUAUCAUCGUGGAUGAGAUAAAGCAUGUCAUUACAGACAGUUCAACUAGAAAACAAGAACUCAAAGCGAUAGAGAAAAUGGAAGAUUUCGAUGCUGAGGAAGCUGAAUUAUUGAGGGAUGAAAGCGAGCAAGAAGAAAAAGUUUUCGAGAAUGUCGGCUAUAUAUUGGGCACAUUGAUCAGAACUUUCAAGGCUUCUUUCUUGCCUUUCCUUGAUGAGUUGUUAUCAUAUUUAUUACCUAUGUGUGGCAAGGAGAAAACACCUAAUGAAAGAUUUACAUCUAUUUAUAUCUUUGAUCAUCUCGUAGAGGAGUGCCCUGAAGCAGCUCUAAAGUAUCACGAUGUAUGCCUUCCUUUAAUUUUGAACGCAAGCAAUGACGAACACCCAGGUGUUAGACAGAAUGCUCUUUAUGGACUUGGGCUUUGGGCGGAAUAUGAUCGUUCUUCUUUCAAACCUUUUGUUGGAGAGGCUCUAGCAAGGAUCAAUAAAGUGAUAAUGCAUUUACGUGCUCGUGAACCUAAGAAUGAACUUGCAUAUGAUAAUGCUGUUUCUGCACUUGGUAAGAUAUGUCAGUUUCAUGGGGAAAGUUUCAACUCAGCCCAGGUAUCUUCCUUUAUUCGUUUAUGCAUUCUUAUUUUUUGUUCUUGUGUUUUAAAUACCCCCACCACAACUAGUUCCUUCUUUUUGUAA